AUGUCUCGACGUUGGUCACCUCUCGUGUACACACCUCCACUCACACUGAAUGUCGCCAUCCAGGAACGUGACGGAAUUGAAGAUCAUGGGGGGCCGGAAGGUCAUGAUCAGCAGUUGGAGCACAUAGUUCCGGUACCAACCACGCAGAUCGCAACCAGCGACUAUUCAGCAUCCGAGGUCAAGCUUUUGCAGCAGACGGUCGAACAACUAUCAGAUGCUAAUAAGACCCUACGUGAUGAGUGUGAUGAGGCUCGUGCCGAACGAGACGAGGCUCGUGCUGAACGUGACGAGGGUCUCGGGAUCAUUAGUCGGCUUCAAGACGAACAGGAGACCGAUGCGUUACAUAGCUGGGAUGGCGCUGUCGAAGCCACCACAGAGACGAUGGAGAAAGAGAUGCAGGAAGCUCAUGGCGGAGAAGACGAGGGACAUUGCGACCUCGACUAUCUGGGUCAGGUAGUAGUGCGUCUAGUAGUUGAUGGACAAGCACAGGUCGCAGCCCAGCCAGAUGGCACAAGUACUGGCCCAACUGGCCAACAUUCACGUGCCAAUGUUACCGAGGCAGUAGCUGCACCUCCUGCUGACGUUGUAGACUCACCCGUCAUUGGGAUGGACAUACAAAGCGAGGUUCGUAGGCUUAUCACGGGGAGUACGAAUCUGGAUGGCUUCCUAGAGCGUCUAAAUGGAUCAGAUAGCGCCAUUCAUGAAGCAUACAUGGUCCUGGACAAGGCCAACCAGAGAAUGGAAGAGAAGGACUCUGUCAUAUGUGAGCUUCAAGUUAGAGUCGACCAACUAGAAGACACCCUGGAUUCAAGAGCGCAAGACGUCGAGGAUGACAGACUUGCAUUCCAGUCAUGGCUGACGCUGAGCUAUUAUGCAACUGAGGUCAUGGAGACCACUCUCAACACCGAGAGAAGAGAACACCAGAUGACCGUUCAACUUCUAACGAGGCAACUACAUGAGGCAGAAACGAGAUGGCAAGACCAGCGGAGACAUUGUGCGGAUGAAAAAUGGGCUCUAUUGAUGGCACUGGAAGAGUCCGGAUACGCUAACACAAUCUUCCAAAGUGCCGUGGUGCAGCUCGACGCCGACAUAUACAAUAUCGCCCAGAAAAUUUCCUCGCGCAGGGAUGCAGGGGUUCAGACUGAUCAGGGCGAUAUGUCAAUUCAGAAGGCGGACUCCGAUGUUCGGACAAUGGCGGUUCAAACCGAUAUCGAUGAUCACAUUACUUCGCCAGCUUGCGGGAGGACCUCCGAACUCCAAGACACGACUCUUAUGCUUGAGGCUGCUAUCGCAGAUCUGGAGACCAAGUCGUCCGAGCUCACUUCCGCGCAGAAGACCGUCUCCGAGCUCGAAUCGCAACUCAACAUCGCUAAUCAGCAAUCCGUUGAGCUCGAAGCCGAUCUCGAGAUUGCGGCUGUAGCGCUCGAGGUCGAAAGGGCGACUUCCGCGUCUACGGUCGAGCUUAUAGUUUUGCAGGAGGCUGCCAACGCAGAACUGAAGAAGGAGCUCAGCGAAGGAAAAGCCAAGAUGCUCGAGCUCGCGAGCAAAGUUUCAUCACUGGAGUCCGCGUCAGUCGAAGCUGGCCACAUUGCUACUGGGCUUGUCGCAGCGAAGGCGUCCGUAUCGAAGCUUGAAGCGGAGCUUGCUUCGUCCAGGGAGUCCGUGACCGCUCUUCAAGUCGAGAGUGCAUCUCAUAAAGAGGCUUCCGAGACGUCUGAAGCUUCUUCUAAUGAGCUCAAAACGCAGCUUGAAGCCGAGAGGGCCCAUGUCGCGUCCCUUGAAGCCCUCAUCGCCAGAGGGGAUGGGCAGAAGACUCGCGCAGAUGGACUAGAGGUUGACCUUGCCGUGUCGGAGGAAAAUGUCGCCAAGCUUGAAGCUGACCUCGUUGCUGUUCGAAAAACCGUUGUCGCUCUUGAGAUUGAGGUUGCCGGCUACGAGGAGACCGCGUCCAUCCGUGCCGCUUCACUUGAUACCGCACAGAAACGGACCUUUGAGCUUGAGGCGCAAGUGGAAACGCUCCUGAUCACUGCCAGUGAACAUGCUGUCGCUGUGUCCAAUCUCGCGGCUGCAACAGCUGCGAAGGAGGCGUCAGAUGCUGCGCUUGUUGCGGAGAAAAAGAGUGGACAAGACAGGACGGCCGAAUUUGACGCGACGAAAAUCGCCCUAUCUGCGGCGCUCGAACUUACCACGGAACUCGAGAGUAAGCUCGCGCAAGCUGAGACUCAGACGGCAACGCUCGAGUCCAAGCUUGCGUCGUGCAAGACGUCAUCCGAGGCUUCUGACAAGGCACUCGCUACCACCCGGGAGAGUCUCGUAGCCAUUCAGAAGACCGUCUCCGAAUCCGAGUCGCGUGUAUCCAAGCACUCCGCUGAGGCCGAAGCUGCCCUGAACGAGCUCGCCGUUGCAAAAGAGACUGUGACUAGGCUGCAAGGGGAUAUCAUCGCGACUAGAGACGCCGGUAAUAUUGCGCUGGCUGCUGAGAAGGAGAACGGCGUUAGGAAGGUCAACGAGCUCGACAGUGCCAACGCCGCUCUUGCGGAUGCGAAACAAACCAACGCAACGAUCGAUGCGGAGCUUAUCAAAAUCAAGUCCGUUGCCGAUGCACUCAAGUUCGAUCUUGCGGCAUCGAGGACAGCUACGGCCGAAUCCACAUCCGAACUCCACGAAAUUCGGUCCGAGCUGGAGGCAGCAAAGCAGGCUGCGUCCAAGCACAAAUCCGCUGCCAUUGAAUACUGCGCCAAGACCGAGAAUCUGAACACAGAGCUGCGUAUUGCGAGGAAGGCCAGUGCAAAGCUUCAGAGUGAGGUCGCUGGCGCGCAGUCUCAGGCGCGCGAGGAAGCCGAGAAACUUGAGGUCGUUAGGGCUGCUGUUGAGCAGGAGAGGAAGACGGUCGAGGUACUGAAGAAAGAGUUGACGGCUAUGAAGGAGGCUGCGCGCAGGGCUGGAGAGGUAACACCCAAGGGGAGAGGGAGUAUACAUUUCGGUCAUAAUACUGAUGAAGAGCAGAAGGGAGAGGAAAGAUGGCCAGUUCGGCGCAUGGAGCGGGGGGCCAUGGACAGAACAUCUGGAGUGGACGUCAGCGCAUAUGUUACCGAACGCCCACGCAUCAUGGUCGGCGCACAAGCGAGCGAGACUAUGCAUCACAGAGUUCCCGGGUUGCAAGCGGUCGAACUGCAGCAGAUACAUGCCCCUAUAUCUAUGGAGAUCGACUAUGUCUCCUCUGCCGAGAUCAUCACGCCUUCUAGUAAAGACGCCUCCGCCUCUGACAUUGGGGUUCUCAUCGGUGACCCAUCCUCCCUCACGCUCUGUAACCUCUUCAUGUCCGACUUCCAGCCUCCACCCCAUCGCGACGACCCAAUCCCUGGGUUACAGAAUGUACGGGUGUCGCAUGUCGAGCACGCAGACGACAUGCAGCUCAUCGCGCUCGGCGCAGAUGGGUUGCAAGCACUCCUCGAUUACCUCUACCACUGGGCAGCCGAGAAGCAGCUGCUCGUGACCAGCAUCAAGACGUGGAUCAUGGUGGUCGGAAAGCUACCGAAAACCCCCUCAAUCUUCCGUCUGGGCGGGCUACCCUUCAAGCACACGGCAAGACACACACACGUUGGCGUGCAUAUCAAGUCGACUGUCGGCAACAUCUUUGCGCUACACUACUCCGACGUCGCGACGAAGGCGCGCGGCACCGCGCUAGCUAGCGAUACUGGCUGGCCUCUUUAUCUGGAAAGAAAGGUGGAGAAGUUUUUGGGCGCGAAGGGCGAUGUUGAGGGUGCGCGGUUCAACGAUGAGAAAUCCGACGACGACGACGAAGACGGAGACGAAGACGUGCUGAGCGACUUCAGCGACGAGCACUUCUCCUCCAACUCUGACUCCGAUUCGGACGCGGAAGAAGAAGUCGAGACCGACGCUUCGCGCGCUGCACGCCAAGCGGCCAUGGAUAAACGACAAGAAGCAAUGGACAACCUCGUCCCCGCGCUCCCCGCGUCCGAAUACGGCCAAAUGCCCGCAUUCUACCACUCGAACUCCCAGCGCGUAGCACGCGCAACCGUACACACCGACACCCUCGGCGGCGCUCCCUCCACCUCCACCUCCGCGCCAACAUCCCGCCCAUCCACCGCGCCAUCCGGGCCACCUCGCCAGCCCCGCGCCCCGAUCCUCAUGCGCGACCGCUACGAAGGCGUCGACUCGGACGACGAAACGGACUCCGAUUCCGCCGACGAUGCCGGCGCCGAGUCGGACGCGGAGAACCAGCCGCAGAUCGUGGACGACAUGGGGGACGUCGAGGUGGACAUGGCCGAGGAGGAGGAGGAGUUUCUGGACUUUGCGCGGGGCGCGCUGGGGAUUGGGGAGGAGGAGUGGGCGCGGAUUGUGAGGGAAAGGAGGGCUAGGGGCGCAUUCGUACCGACCUCCACCUCCAAGAAACCGACCUCAUCCUCAACUACCACGAGCACAAACGCCAGCGCGAAAGCUCACGAACCCCAACUCCGCGCGCCCAAACCCGGCCCGCGACCGAACGCCAACCUGAACCUCGACUCGUUCGAGGCUGUUAUGCAGGCUAUGGAGAGCGAGCUUGCGCGAUCACGGGCCGCGAAGGAGCCGCCCAAGGCUCCCAAGUCUGCGGCCGUUGCUGCGAAGGAUAAGGGCAAGGGGAAGCAGAACGAGACGCUGGAGGAUGCGGCAGCGAGCCUCCAAGCGUCCGUCGCCGAUCAACUCAGCGCAACUAUGAAGGCCGGCGCCGCAUCCGUCAAAUCUCACUCCGCCUCCACUCCCGCCGACCAAGACGAAGAGAUGGACCUCGACAUCGAAGCCGCGAUGGACCGAGAGCUGCGCGCCGCUCUCGCCUCCUCCUCCAACAACCCCGAUGACUCCGCCGCCGACGACAAUGAUUAUGAUGGCGUAGUCGACGAGGACGGCCUACCGCUGCAUAUGGAGGGCGGGCUCGACUAUAACCUGAUCAAGAAUUUCUUGGAGAGUUUUAAGAGCCAGGGAGGGUUGACGGGGCCGCUUAGUAGUCUUGCGGGGAGGUUGCAGCCGGGGUGGGGUUUGCCGAGGGAUGAUGCGUGA